CCUGGCUUCCCCUCGUCUCGCCUCCUCCAGCUACCUCCGCCCGGGGCUGGCAAACCAAUGAGGGCCCGGACUCCGGCCCUCUCCGCCUCAGGAGCCGCCAGGAGCCCCCCGUGUCGACCCCCGGCCUUAGAAGAGGCGGGUGGAGUGGACCCUCAUGAGGCGGCUCCAGGAGAAAUUCAGGAGAUUCAUGAACCAUCCUGCCCCAGCAAACAGUCGUUACAAACCCACUUGCUAUGAGCAUGCUGCUAACUGUUAUACUCACGCGUUUCUCAUUGUUCCAGCAAUUGUGGGUAGUACCCUGCUCCAUCGACUCUCUGACGAUGGAUGGGAAAAGAUAACAGCAUGGAUGUAUGGAAUUGGUCUAUGUGCGCUCUUCAUCGUUUCCACAGUGUUUCACAUAAUUUCAUGGAAAAAGAGUCACCUAAGGACAAUGGAGCACUGUUUUCAUAUGUGUGACAGAAUGAUGAUCUAUAUCUUCAUUGCAGCAUCAUAUGCACCGUGGUUAAAUCUUCGUGAGCUUGGUCCUCUGGCAUCUCAUAUGCGUUGGUUUAUCUGGCUAAUGGCUGCUGGAGGCACGAUUUAUGUAUUUCUCUACCAUGAAAAGUAUAAAAUUGUGGAGCUCUUCUUCUACCUAGCAAUGGGCUUUUCACCUGCUCUAGUCGUGACCUCCAUGAACAACACCGAUGGACUUCAAGAAGUUGCCUGGGGAGGCUUAAUUUACUGUAUGGGAGUGAUCUUCUUCAAGUGUGAUGGAGUCAUUCCAUUUGCUCAUGCCAUCUGGCAUCUGUUUGUCGCCACGGCUGCUGCAGUGCAUUAUUAUGCCAUCUGGAAGUACCUUUACAAAAGCCCUGUAGAUCUCAUCCGUCACUUAUGAUACUAAACAAACAGGCACACACAAAUACACACACACACACACACACCAACAAGCUGCACUAUGCCUCUGACGCAGUAUUACUUGGGUAAAAUAAAUUCUGGGGAAGUGGGAAAAUAUUGCACAGGGAAAAUGCACUGACUUUAAUAGUUUUCUGAACACAUUUUACUGUGAACUGAAGUGACAAAAAUGUGUCCUAGAAUUACUGUUUGUAUAUCAAGUGCUGGGCACAUAGUCCUCCAAGCACUUUUUCUGGGGAAAGCCCGUAUUGAAUAAACAGGAAUUAUGUUAUUCACAAUUCCUAUUAAUUUCAGCGUGGCUUACACAGAAUCAUUUCCAUUUUGUAUUGCGUCCACAGUCAGUAAUUGGAGGCGGCAAUCCAGCCCAUUGAGUGGAAGUAUGCCUGACUUUGGAUUGUGGUUCAAAACAUCAUGCUGCAUUAUUAACAAUCCAUUCCACAUUAACAGGGAAAACAGUGUAAAAAUGGCUGGUGGCCUGAUGUUUACAAUUUUUUUAAGUGUAUUUAAUGGUUUUGAGUUCUGCAACUUUAAACUACAUAAAACUUUUGAAAUGACCGUUUUGAAUUGUGGAAGUUUAUGCAAUAGCAAAAAUGCUAUUUCUUUUUUUUUUAAGUUGCUUUCUACUUUUAUCACAAACUAUUUAAUAAACACAAAUUAUGGAUAGAUAAUAUUUAGCUUCCCCCCACCAGUUGUACUGAUGUGACUUUUAUAUUAAAACAAUUUUUUAAACAGAGUUUUAAAAGUGUACACAACUGCUGUUCUGCAGUUGUUACAUACACUGAAACUUUUCAAGAAACAACUACAUUCCACAUACUGUCCUGACAGAUAUACCUCUUCCAAAGGAUUUUUUUUU